AUGGAGGAGGUUCUUCAUACAGUGAAACUGGCUUUAUCAGUUGCUGUUGUGGGGGUUCUAAGCUGGAUACUCUAUGUAUAUGGUAGUUUGUGGCAUGAGUCUCAAAGGGUGAGAAAGAGGAUUCAAAUGCAAGGAAUAAGAGGGCCUUCACCUUCUUUUCUACAUGGGAAUCUGCCUGAUAUGCAGAGAAUUCAAACUCAGGCUAGCCUAGCCAAAGCUUCCACUUCCAACUCCAACCAUUCUGAUCAGUUUCUGGCCCAUGACUACACUUCAACCCUCUUCCCCUAUUUUGAACACUGGAGGAAACAAUAUGGUACCCUUCUCUUCUUCUUCUUCUUCUCUUACUUUUGGUCUCAUUAA